AUGUCUACCUCAGAUAAGUUCAUGCAACCGGCCAUACCAAGUUUCGAUGGCCAUUAUGACUUUUGGUUUAUGACGAUGGAAAACUUCUUACGAAGCAAAGAAUUGUGGCAGCUCGUAGAAGAUGGCAUACCAGUGUUUGGAGCCACAGCCACUGAGGCUCAACGCAAGAGUGUGGCUGAGGCCAAUCUAAAGGAUCUAAAGGUAAAGAAUUACCUAUUCCAAUCUAUUGAUCGGGAGAUUUUGGAAACCAUAUUAGACAAAAAUACAUCGCAGGCAAUCUGGCAAUCCAUGCAGAAGAAGUAUCAAGGCUCAACGAGAGUAAAACGUGCUCAGCUUCAAGCACUACGCCACGAGUUCGAGCUUUUAAGCAUGAAAGAAAGGGAGAAAGUAGAUACGUACCUGGGACGCACUCUCAGUAUCGUUAACAAGAUGAAAUCAAAUGGUGAAAAAGUAGAUUCUAGCACCGUAGUUAGCAAGAUACUCCGAUCACUAACCGCAAAAUUCAACUACGUGGUGUGUUCCAUUGAGGAGUCUAACGACUUAAGCGCCCUUAGCAUAGAUGAACUUCAUGGCAGUUUACUCGUCCAUGAACAAAGAAUGCAAAGUCUUCAACCAGACGAACAAGUAUUGAAAAUAACUCAUGAUGAUCGAUUUGGAACAAGUCGUGGUCGUGGUCACAGUCAUGGAAACAGUCGUGGUCGUGGAAGAGAAGCAAAAGAUGAGCUACUACUAGUAACAUAUGAGGAGACGACACAAUCUGUCCAAGAGGAAGACUGGUUUUUGGAUUCUGGCUGCAGCAAUCACAUGACUGGAAACAAGCUUUGGUUCACAGAAGUGAAAGAAGAGGGAUUUAGUCGAUCUGUUAAACUCGGAAACAACACAACAAUGGCUGUCACUGCGAAAGGUAGCAUUCAGGUGCAAAUUAAUGGCACCUCUCAUGUCAUCACCGAUGUUUACUAUGUUCCAGAGCUUAAAACCAAUCUCUUAAGUCUAGGGCAACUCUAG